GACUGGGCAGUUUUUCAUUCGAUCGCAAACUUUCCCAGAGGUUUCAUCAUCCGUCUAGCUACGUCUCGCGACUGAAAAUUCUGAGGUGCCAUGAACCAGGAUCAACAUUUCCAAACAGUCACUCCAAGAGGACGGAACAAACCCGGUGAACAGUAGUAAAAUUAAUAUAGAUGGAAAUCAUCUAAUAACGAUUAUCUGGAGACGAAAUGAAUCAACCUUGACGUGAAUUAUUAGGGGAAGUAAAAGUGUGAUACCUUUGUGUUGAAGUAUAAAAAUCAAUAAUUAAUCAACGAAAAAUGAGCGCUCCACUUGUGAUAACGGUUCCGACCAAAUACAUCCCCAUCAAUCUGGCCCCGGUCAUCGGCACAACGAUGGUGAAAAAGGAGCUGAAGCCUAUCGCGGCGGGCUUCUCGGAUGGGGAGGAAUCCGUUUCGUCGAUGGAGGAGUUCCUGGUCCGGGGCAAAAAACGUCGCCUGGAUCAUCUAACAUGGGAGGAGAAAAUUCAACGGAAAAAACUAAAAAACCGCGUAGCGGCACAAACAUCUCGGGAUCGCAAAAAGGCGAAAAUGGAAGACAUGGAAAAAACCAUCCAGGAACAGUCGGAUCAAAUCGCCGAACUGCAAUGUAAAUGUGACACGCUACAGUCCGAGAAGAACGCCAUCUACGAGAAGUAUUUCGAUCUGGAGAACCGUUUCGACGAGCUGAAGCGAAGACUCGACGAGCAACUAAACCAACAACAGCAGCCGCAGCAACAAUCUCAACAACCUGCUACCGUUCCAAUCAAAUCGGAACCUGACACAGAUGCCCUGCAUAGUGUUGGCUCAGUUUCCACCCUACUAGGAUCAGCAGCAUCCGCUUUUUUCCCUCUGCAGCAGGGAUCUUAUUCAAUGGAAACUCAGACGACACUGGGCCGGGCCGGUCAGAACAAGAGCGACGACGAAAAGGUAGCAGCUCUUUGGAAGAUAAUUGCUCUUUGCCUGCUCUACAGGACAUGCUCGAAGAGUUCGACGUGUCCAAGCUCGAAGAGCUCGCCGAAAGUCUCCUGGCCAACGUCACCAGCGAGCUGGAAGACUCUGAUCGAGUCGGCGGCCAGCCAGAUGCCCAAGAUGCAGGCACCUGCAGCCGGCUGUCUGGACCAAUGGUGGGGACCCCAGCAGAACAGCUGGAACCCAGCCAAGAAAGCGAUGAUGGUCAAGGAAGCAGCCUAAUUCUGACCACCCACAACUACUCCAAGUCACCCUUCCACGUAGAACGACUAUCGCUUAUCCCCGAGAGCCAACAACAACAGCAACAGCCAGACUCGAAACACACUCUUUUUGGAACCUACGAUGACGAAAGCAACUGCAUCACCAUCGUAUUGAAGGACGAACAAGACGAAGAACAACUCCCACUGGAAGAGGAAAUCAUCUGUGAGAGCCAACCCGACGACGACGCCGAAAAUCUAGAAUUCAAAAUCAAAAUGGAACCUCCCCAGGAGCUGCUCUCCCCAAUCCCGAGCAGUUGUUCCAACUAUUCGCUGGACGAACAAGCUCCCCAAGCAUCCCAACAGGACGUAUUUAAAAGUCCCCUCACGCCGAGCUCAUUCAUGUCCGAUGCCGGUUACGAAUCGCUCGGAUCGCCAACCGGAUCCAUCGAUUACAACAUGACUUCGCUAGACGAACUCUGGAAUCUAGACCUUUUUCCAAUUUUAAACUAAAACCAACCAGUUUAGUAACAGAUUUGUAAUUAGUUUAUGUUUGCCCUUGUAAAUACUGCAGUGAUGUACAAAGUCGUUUCUAAUUGUAGGAAUAUAAGAAAAUAGUUAAGUUCGAGUUAGGCUGUUUCUGUAAAAAAUAGUUUAUUUAUCUAGCGCUUAGUGACAGAUGAACUGUUUUCUCUCUUAAGUGUUUUGCGUUAAGUCUCUAAUUGAUAGAACCACGUAACAGUAGAUGCUAUUAGCUUAUUUUGUGCACAAAAUAAUAAUUGUUCAAAACAUGAACGCAUCACAGGAAAAGAAUUUUAAAAUAAGUAAUGAUGAUCAUUGUUACAGACUUUGCAAUUUUUCACCUAUCUACUUUUGUCAAAACUGCAAAUGUGGCACGCGCAAGAAUUUGACUUGGAGUCAGUCACAAAUACAUUUUGAUAUCAACCAAAAA